CCCCCUCGGCCACCCGCCCCUGACUCUCCCCGCUCUCUCACACCGUGCAGUCGGGACCAGAGGGAAGGCAUGGAGACCGAAGGGAGCCAGAGCAGCCUAUCGUCCGUGGACUCCCCCCACGACCCCUGCAAAAUGUUCAUCGGCGGCCUCAGUUGGCAGACGACGCAAGAGGGUUUGAAGGAGUACUUUUGUAAGUUCGGGGAGGUGAAGGAGUGUAUGGUGAUGCGAGAUCCAGUUACAAAACGAUCAAGAGGCUUCGGGUUUGUCACAUACGUAGACCAGGCUGGAGUGGAUAAAGUUUUGGCGCAAACCAGACAUGAACUGGAUUCAAAAACGAUUGACCCAAAGGUGGCAUUCCCUCGCAGAGCUCAGCCAAAGUUGGUGACCCGGACGAAGAAGAUCUUUGUCGGGGGUCUGUCCGUGAACACCACCAUCGAGGACGUGAAGCAGUACUUCGACCAGUUCGGCAAGGUCGAUGACGCCAUGCUCAUGUUCGACAAAACGACCAACCGGCAUCGAGGUUUUGGGUUUGUGACGUUUGAGAAUGAAGAUGUAGUGGAGAAGGUGUGUGAGAUCCACUUCCACGAGAUCAACAAUAAAAUGGUGGAGUGUAAGAAGGCCCAGCCCAAGGAAGUGAUGUCACCGACUGGCACAGCUAGGGGGCGGGCCCGGGUCAUGCCUUAUGGGAUGGACGCUUUCAUGUUGGGGAUCGGCAUGCUGGGUUACCCAGGGUUCCAGGCGGCCACCUACACCAGCCGUGGGUACACGGGCAUCGCCCCUGGAUACACCUACCAGUUCCCCGAAUUCCACUUGGAGAGGACCCCCCUACUCCCAGCAUCCCACCACCCCGAGAUCACAGCCAUUCCACUGACGGCCUACGGACCAAUGGCAGCGGCUGCUGCAGCGGCUGCAGUGGUCAGAGGCGGUGGGCCCUCUCGUGCGGCAGGCUUCUUGGGCACUAGCAGCCCUGGACCAAUGGCAGACCUGUAUGCAGCAGCCAACCAGGAGUCUGCAGUCAGUAGUUACAUCAGCGCAGCUAGCCCCGCCCCCAAUGCUGGAUUCGGGCAUGGCCUUGGGGGUCCCCUCAUUGCCACAGCGUUCACUAAUGGCUACCACUGAGGAGACUGUGAGAGCCGGAUAUAGGAGGGGGAGGAGCCAACUGCAGUAAGCCAAUCAAAUUGCUGCGUGUCUCUGGCACGAACCAAUUGGCUGCAGCAGCUCUUAACUUGACCCUUGGCUUUUCCCAUCUGGAUGGAAGAUCCAAUGCCCCACCCCCUGUUUCCCACUUCCUGUACUAACAUCACUUCCUGUACUAAUAUCACUUCCUGUUUGACUUUUUUUUUCUUGUCCUGUUCCUCCUGUAAGAUUGUUUUGUUUUUUCCUGCAGUGGGGCUGUUGUACAGCUUCUCUUUCAUAUGAACAAGAAACAAAAAUCUUUUAUAAAAGGAUUUUAUUGUAUUUGGGGGGUGGGGGGGUGGUUUUUUUUUUUCUUGUUUUACAAUUUUAUUUGUUUUUGAUCCUUUUCGAUGUCUUAUUUUUGGUUAAGUAUACAUAUUUGUCUGAUAGUAAAACCAUUGUCACACGGUCACAAAGAGGAGGAGCGGACCCUAUUGCGAUUACUAUUUUUAAUGCGUUUCUCCAGUUACAGAAACAGCUCAUUUGUGCGAUUUGCUGUUUGUGUCACACUGUUGGGUUCUUAAUGAAUUUUAACACAAAAGAAAAUUUGAUUUAAAAUCACAAUCUUUGUUUAACAAAAAAAAAGAUGAAAAAGGAUAAAAUAAAAUGUAUAUUUUGGUAGUUUUUAAACAUAAAGCAUUUGUAAUAAUAAUAUUAAUAAUAAUCAAGAAGGUAUUUUUCAGUAACUGGUUUUGAACAAUGUUUUAUUUCUUCCUGUAAGAUAUUGUACAUAAGACUUAGUGUUUUGAAUUUAGCUGACCGGCGGGGUGGGAGAGGGUGAGUUUAUUUAAACUGGAAAUGCCUGCUUUGCAUAAAACACCCUGAAUUCUGAGAACCCGGUGUGCUCUCACACAGGUGCGAGGCCGUGUGGAGGCAAGUGGGGCUGUUCGCUGAAAAGCAGUCUGAUGAUCAGCAUGUUUAUCUGCUGUUAUUUCUGUACAGGCGGUAACACGGUCAGCAAACCCGAAUAAGGAGAGUCAAUUUCACGUUUCUCUUUGGCAGUCCUUGACCCGGACGCGUGAGGUGGGGCGACGCGUAAGCGUAGGGACCGUUUCCUUUCGUGUGUUUUUCAGAGAACAGCCGCAGGUCGCCUUCAGUGAAGGUGUGCUUGUGUUAAUCUCCUGACCCCCCCCCCCCCACCUCCCACCUCCCACCUCCCACAUUCUCUCUCUCAGAAGACCUGCCCCUGCUGUUCUGACAGAAAGUAGAGGGGAUUCUUUUGAAUGGUGGGAUGGUGCAGGGGUGUUUUUAAUAUCAGAGUGAUAUUGGGACAGUGGGAGGGGUGAGGGUGAGGGGUGCAGGGGGCUUGGCGCUGGUGCUUCCAUCAUUUUGGAAGUGACGGAUUCCUAUCUUUACGGGAUUCAGGAUGAAGGAAGAGGGAAGCGCUCUUACAUUAGUACUUUUUUUUUGUGGGGACAGGGGGUUUGUGUGUGUAUAUUUUUCUGGAUGUUUCUCUUUCUGUUGAUUUUAUUUUGUUGUUGAUAUUUUUUUGUGCCGUUCCGUUUACAGUAACAAUCACUGACUAAUGAAGGACAAACUCGCACAGCAGGGGAUUCUGGGGGCUGUCUCGCCACUGUUCUAAACCGGCUGCGUCCCUCCUCUUUAACUCUGUGAGGCUGGGGUCGUGGUGCGUGUGCACACAUAUAUAUGUGUGUGCACACAUAUAUAUGUGUGUGCACACAUAUAUAUGUGUGUGCACACAUAUAU